GCCGUGAUACAAAGAGGUUGUCUGUUCGAGCUCCUCAGUCGCAGCCGGUCUCAGCGUGGUUAGUGGUGGCUGUGAAGUGACAUCCUUGGAGGUCUGACUCUGUUGUUAGAUCUUCUGGAUUAAAGCAAAUAUUGAUGCUACUCUCUCCGGCAUUUAGUUCUCACAGUGGAGCCAUAAUAUCCAGAUACCUUAUGUUCCACCUCGAUUUGGUAUAAUUCAUCGCGUUCUGCCUUCUUUGAUAAAAUGCCUUAUUAAGAAGAUACGGAUUUCUUCAGUGGAGAGGAUAAUCAAAAGGGCAGUGGAAGGUUGAUGUGUUGACACCAUGGGUGAAGGAAGAUGGGGGGGAGUGCGGGCCUCCCUCACCUCCCUCCUCCUCCUCCUCCUCCUCUUCCUCCUCCGCACUGCCGCUGUCUCCGCACAACGGCCAGAGGAAGGGCGCUUCUUCCGGUCGCUGUUCUCGCUGCCAGACCAGUGCGUGCACAAUGGGAUCCCGGCGUCGUGCACCUUCGUCCUCUCCUGCCUUCUGCGCGGAGACACCCCUGUUAACAAGUGUGGCGGUGGUUUCAUAUACACCUGCUGCGUCCCUACCGUGGCAACAGUCAGGUCGGACGCUGUGAGACACAUCGGCCUCUUCAACAGGGACCCUCCGCCGAUCAAUAGUCCAGUUGGUUGGCAUCGAUUACAUCUCCGUCGGCAGAAACCAUAUAUACCCCCACGAUCUUGGGGUCUUAACCGCCUUCCAGUUCGUGUGGGUCCAGGCUUAAGCUCGCCCAGACAUCAGUUCCAGGUGGCGCCUGUUGAGUCCAGACUUCAGCCUUCUGCUAGUUUUAAUGAACCAGAGUGUGGUAUUCAGAGAGUAUCUCAGUUUGCAAAACGAAUUAUCGGAGGAAACGAAGCCAGGUUUGGCGAGUUUCCUUGGCAGGCGCACAUACGUAUCAUUGGCUACCAAUGCGGCGGAGUUCUCAUUAAUCAUUUUUUCGUUGCAACAGCAGCACAUUGUGUUCAUAAAGCGAGACUGAACCAGAUCACCGUCCACCUCGGGGAGUUCGAUACCAAGGACACCGGGGAAUACCACGAGCCGCUGCCCAAGGAGACGUACUCCGUGAUCGAGAAGCGAAUCCAUCCCAACUUUAAAUACAUGCUAACGCAACCAGACAGGUACGACAUUGCAGUUCUGCGCCUGAACAGGCCUGUCAUCUAUCGGGACAACAUUUUGCCAAUCUGCUUGCCAGAUCCAAGUGAUGACUUCAUUGGAGAUAUUGGCAUUGUUGCAGGGUGGGGCAAGACAGAUAAUUCUUUCGGGAAAACAGGUACAAAUAUUCUACAAAAAGUGAUGGUUCCUAUUAUUAGUAAUGAUGAAUGUCUUCGCUGGCAUCAUCACAAAGGCAUUGAUGUCAAAUUAUAUCAAGAGAUGUUUUGUGCUGGGCACUCCGAGGGCAAGAUGGAUGCCUGUUUGGGAGAUUCAGGUGGACCGUUGGUUGUCCACCACAACGGGAGAUGGGUAUUAUCAGGUAUUACUUCAGCAGGCUUUGGUUGUGCCGUAGACCAUCAGCCAGGAAUUUAUCACAAAGUGUCAGUCACCUCAGGCUGGCUAGCUGCAAAUGUCAGACCGUAAGAGAAAGUUUGGCAAUUGUAAAUAUACACCGAUGUUCUCAUUGGCAAUAGAUUUAAAUGACAUGCCAAAUAUGUGGAAAAAGUGGUGAUCAUAGUGCAUUACAUUCAUCGCAGUUGUCCUAAUUUUUUUUUCCAAUUAUGUGCUGUUAGGAUCAAUAUCUAAAUCAUAUUUCACUCAUCAAACAAUGCACCAUUCAGUUCUCCACAUUGUAUAUUUUACUGUAAUACAAUGAAUGCCUUGCACACAUAUACACACACACCACAUUUUUUCCCAAUAUUAUUAUCAUUUUUGCAAGCUAUAUACCUUCAUGCCGAUCUUUAUUGUGUCUGUGGUCCUUGCUGUUCUGGAUUCAGCCCAUAUGUGGCCAACUAUCUAAAUUAAUUUUACCAUGACUAUUGGAGUUCUGCUUGAUACAGACGACUAAUGUCUCGAGAUCUGUAUGACUUUGUGUGGAUCAGCAUAAUUCUCACGAAGAUUCAGGUUAUAUGUAAAAUGUGAGGGUAAAACGCAUAGAGUGUGACAGAGAUCUGGAUUUAUUUACAGUUUAUGGGGGAAAGCCCUCGGGACAUAACACGUCUGUUCAGAUCUUUUAGAAGGCUCUAACUGAAGUGAUGUCAUGGCUGAGUUAAUAAGAAUAAUUUGGACAGGAUAGUUUGUAUUUGCUCGUACGUGUUCUUUGGAAUACCUAAAAGGAUUUUUUUCAUGUUCGUCUUUGUCAUGCUUCCAUACACGAAUCUCAGCUUUUUUUCUCUUUAAAUGUUAUAACCUAGUAAAAAUGGUUCAUAUUUAAUUUCUUAACAAAUCUAAUAUUUUAAAUUCACUGCUAUACACCUUCUACAGUUCAUAAAUAUAUUAACCACCAUAUGUGGUAUUUCAAAUAUGCAUUUUCCGAUUUGUUACAAAUGUUUCAUUGUUUAAUUUGAAGCUCUGUUCGCCAUGUCCUAAAAAUCACUAAAAACCUUUUUGAUUGAAGUACACGAUACAUAAUCACACCACCGACUACUGUUAAAUACUCUUGGAAGGUUUACUGACUACAGACUCAGCUAUUUAAUUACUUUCAUCACUAGCCAAUUAACGUCAAAGACAGUUUUCCGAACUUUUCACCUUACACGUGACUAUAAAUGCGGAAAUGCAUGUAUAAAUAAUGCCUCUCUACAUUUUUUGAUAUCCCCAAACUCUACCAUACUGAAUCCUUUGUCAGUCAGUCCAGUUAAGAUACUUUUUCCCAAAAAAUGUUUCGGAUUUCCAUUCAUCUCGGUUUCAAAUGGAUUCCCAAAUGCAUAAAAUGUAAGACGUGGAACAAGAUUUAAAAAAUUAAGGGAAGUAGUAGUUAAAGCAACAUACUUCCGCAUUUUAGCCAAUCAUGGAAAAUUAUUUAACACUGUUAAAGAUGUGCAGCUGUAACCCUCAAAUUGAGUCAGUGUGCAAGUAAAAAAUUAUGUCUUGAUUAUGAAAUAAGAUGCAAAUUAUGGUCUAUUACAUUUUUUUUUUUUUUUCAGCACACUGAUUUGUCACUAGGUGUGAGCUGGCCAUAUCUAUACUUGACUUUUGGACAUAUUUUAAUUUGUCAGUAUGAAAUUACUUUUAUUAUUUAUAUCAAAGCAAUUAACAAAUCUCCAGUCACCAUGUUACCAGCUCAGCAAUGGAAUAGCAAACAAUAGUCAUCAGAAACAUGAUGGCUCGAAAUCGUUUCUCUCAGUGAUUGUGUUAUAACUACUCGUUUGCAGAGACAUGGCUUCAUAAAUUUUGUCACCAAAAAGAUCUUUACUAGGUCUAUUUGCCUGUACCAGUUUACCCAAUUCUUUGAAUUAUUAUUAUUGUUAUCUUUAUUAUUAAUGUUUUCAUUAUUGUCAUGAUUUUUGUUUUCAUUAUUACUAUUAUUAUUUGGAUUAUAAUAACAUUAUUAAUAAAAAUAGUGAUAAAGUUUUAAUAUAUUUAAAGAUUGGAGAAAGUAGCUGGUGCUUAGCUUAGCUAUGCUUAGGAAUCCAUUCCUUUGCGACUCUGCUCUUUUGGAGCAAUCUGUGUAAGAUUAAUAAAACAACACCACAGUUCAGUGAGAAUGCAUCCAAAUGCUCUUUUGCCGGCCACAGAUUAAGACUUGGACAAAUUAUGACUUAUUACACAGUCUUUAAUUUGCGCUCAAGUUUCGAGUAAUAUCUCACACUUGUGUACGUCACUUGAACUGAUCUUUUGCCUUUCCACAUGCUGUUUGUUUCUCAUUAAUGAAUAUAUUACCUGAUGCUUAUUUGCUUUCUCCACAGUACUUAAGAUCUACGAAGUGUACAAAUUGUUGAUUCUGAUUUUCUGUAUUAUAUACAAAUGAUAACUUUUUUUAUAGAACAUAAGCCUGAGAUGUAUAUAAUAUUUAUUUUUCUAGCAUUUAGUGCAAGGAAUAAAUUUGCCCGUGAUACU